CCGCCCACCACUACGAUGCGGAGUGUGGAGGUCUGCACAACCCGGAGCCACGGGGAACAAACAGUUAACCAAAGAUGCAAGAGCUGCGAGAGUCUCUCUGAGCAUGUGCCGCCGGUGCCGCUGCUGCUGCUGCUGCUGCAGUGAAGUAAAAAUGUGUCAAUUUCCAAUCGGGAGAGCAGACACGGUGUGAAGGAGAAGCGGCGGACGACUGACAGGCCACCGAGACGUGCUGGACAACGUCCCCGGGAGAUGCGUCUGAUCGUCCGGCCUGUGAGCUGAGCUCCGUGCGAAGUGUUAAAGGAUCACCGCACUGCUCAGUAGGAAGGAGGCGUGAUGCUGCAGCGGAGUCCCAAGCAGCCGGGCCUGCGCACUGGCUCCCCAGCUCCCAGGGACGAAACGAGAUGACUUUGGCCAUCUAGCACCUGCAACUUAUCAUUACCUAUAAUAAGCUUGAGUGAAAGUGAGAGGAGGAAGGAUGGUCACCUUGGAAACCACGGAGGCUCCCGUCCCUCUGACGGCCCUGUCGCGCUGGUACCUCUACGCCAUCCACGGCUACUUCUGCGAGGUCAUGUUCACCGCCGCCUGGGAGUUUGUGGUCAACUGCAACUGGAAGUUCCCCGGCGUGACCAGCGUGUGGGCGCUCUUCAUCUACGGCACCUGCAUCCUCAUCGUGGAGCGGAUGUACCUGAAGCUGCGCGGCCGCUGCCCCGUGCUGCUGCGCUGCAUCAUCUACACGCUGUGGACGUACCUGUGGGAGUUCGGCACGGGGCUGCUGCUGCGCCAGUUCAACGCCUGCCCCUGGGACUACUCCGAGUUCCGCUACAACUUCAUGGGGCUGAUCACGGCCGAGUACGCCGUGCCCUGGUUCUGCGCCUCCUUCAUCGUGGAGCGCCUGGUCAUCCGCAAGACGCUGCGGCUGCGCUUCCACGAGGGCCCGGAGGACGGCUGGUCGAACCACCGGUCGGACGCUGGAGGCGGAGGAGAGGCCGGAGGAACUUUGGGAGCUGGGCGGAGAAGAGAGAGAAGCAGAGGGUUGGAAAAUAAUGCUAAUGGAUACCUUAAAGUUGAAUGAAUCGAGAAAAAACGCAGACGGACAGAAUCUGAAACCAGCCCAAUCACUCCUCAGUCCUCAGCCACUUUCCAUAAGCAGUCCUCCCCCCUUAGAAGUGUACGGGGAGGAGGCAGACAGCUAUUUACACUGGGCUGGUGUGCAGAGGUGUAUCAGAACAGAACAAACGCCUAACCUGGGUCUUCGAACGCCCAAAUCACUCACUGUGUCCUCUACCGUUAACACGUGGACACAGUAACUCCAUGCUGCUGUGUUUACUGCAUCUCAUAACUCACCCAUUUCCAUGUGGGCUUGACCUUAAGGAGAUCAGGAACACACUUUCAAUCUCUCCUGUCCCAGAAUCUAAUGUUAUUGUCCUGGAACAAGUACAGUAUUUCUGCUUUUCAAGUGCACAUCAGUCUGAAAACAAAAAAAAAUAAAAAGAAAAAAAGCAGAAUGCUUGCUGCAUAGAAAUCUAAAUAAAAAGUAGCUGCAGUUGUGAAUUGUCCUUUUUAAAAUGUACAUAUUGUCCUUUAAUAUUAUUCAAAGUACUGUAGUACUGUAGCUACGAAAAGGCUCUCGAAAAAUCAGCCCGUCCACCCAGAAGCAACGUGUCGGCUUACGUCGUGGAGAAUGUUUUAGUGAAUACCCACAAUGCCUAGAAAAAAAAAAAAAUGCAUGAGAAAAAAUCGUCUUCCAAUAUAAUAUCCAUUUUUACGGAGCUCAUUCAGCAGCCACACUGUGUGUCCCGUUGACGCUAGAGUCUGUGUGCAGACCGACAAGUAGCUCAGGAGGUUCCAGCUGCCAGUUGUCGGGGUCGAUGGCGGUUUUUCUUGUUUUGUCAGCAUGUCGACGUGUCCUCGAGCGAGACAUUGAACCCCGAACUGCUCCCAGCCAGCGGCUCAUGGCCUUGCAUGGCAGCUUCCCCAUAAUCUCCGUGUGUUUGUGCGCCAGCUAAAUGAAAACAUGCAGCCCAUUUCACAUAAUAGCAGGGAUGCCUUUCUGUUGAUGGUCAUGAUUAUGAGUGUGGCCAUCAGCGUGAAGAGAACGGACUGCUUGGUCAUUUUCCUUUUUUUUUUUUUGCAGUCGUUCAAGAAACCCUCUCAUCGCUCAACGUCUGCAUGUCCAUUUUUGUGCUUUAAUGUCGCCUCAGAUUUCCUAAGGUCACCCUAGAAAGUCGGUGGUCGUUCCUGUCAAAUCACACAGUUUACGUUUCCUUUCGUAUUCUUUUAAACCUGCAAUCUUUUUAUGAGUUACAACUGAAUGGGAAAUAACCAGGGCUGGCAUAUCUGGGGUUUUUGACUUGAAUAUACAUUUCCGGAAACGUUCACAAGGCACAUGUUGUCCCCCGGAGCAUAUUUUCAAAAGGUUGUUGCUCGGUAGGGUUUCCUUCGCUUCGACUUUCUCCCCCUUGUGUUUGUUUUGACACGUAUAUGAAGCGAAGGUGAUGAAAUAUACAUUAUGAUUAUAUAAAUUUACUGAAGGAGCCACCAUGUUUCAGCAAAAAAAAAUGAAAUCUGCUGCUUGUUUCUACCUGUGGUAUUACGUGUGACAUUAUGUAAGACGGAUUACUUACGAGCUAGUCCUCAAAACAAACAGAAACGGGUCUGAAUUUCUGGGUUCAAAUAUAAACUGACAGCACUCGUGUCUUGCGCGGCAGCAUCCAGACGCCUGGUACUCCGAGCAGGUGACAUGCAGGCUAAACGGGAUCUACAGGGAACCGCAUCCUGAGACUCUUUCUACUCUGGGGGUUUAGAGAUCAAGUUGCAAGCCUGAAUCAAUGGAUGCAAGCGUAAAAAGGGAUGGACUCUUUACAUUGAUUCCUGGGUACCGCAGGAUUGAAAAUGUACUUUGAAGGUAUUCUGCAGGACAAACGUGUAUUGUUGAGGCAAUCUUAGCAUUCUUUGCUGUCACUAGAUGGAUUUUAUAGAUAUGGACCCAAAUUCAUCUUUGCACAACACUGCUGGACUAACUAAAUGUGCAACCUUCCCCUUCAAUGUGUCCCUGUGUGUGUCCAGAGGGUGGAUGGCACAGGGACGUCCAACAUCACAGAGGAAAUGCUGCCACCUAGUGAAUUAUCUUAAAACCUCAAAAAAUAUGAAGUACACAAAUUUACAAAGAUAAACCAGCUGACCUUUUUAGACCUAUCACAUUUUAAUUUUAAUUAUUCUUAUUUUAUACACGAACCACACGGCUUAAAGGCAACAGACUUCCUCUAAACUACAUCAAGAGCACUGAUAUGCAUCCUUAUCCAAUUCCUCUCCGCUUCGAUCGAAUAAAUCACAUGCAAAACUAAAUGUAUUCUCUGCAAUAUGUAAGUGGAGGAGUGUUAGGUGAGCGUGUUGAACGGAGACGAAGGUCUCUGUCUGUGUAUGUGCAUGUAAAGUAUGUUAAACCUGAAAUGAUUCUCUGGUAUUUUUACCUUGCGCGUGCAUGUCCAGAAGUAUCUCCUCCGAACAGAUUUUAUCCUGCUGAUGAUUAGCCCCAAUGUACUGUAAUAUUUGUUGUUGUUUUUUUUAAAAAUGAAAAUGUACAGGUUUUUAGUGAAAUGACUGUACUGUAUAUCAUUCACUUUGAUUAUGUUUGUGUUUAAUUUAUCAGUCUUUGGGAUUAAAUGUCUUUAUUUAAUCAUAAAA